CGGCCUUAGGGCUACAGCUAAAGUUCUGGGAAAUGGAGACGAGCCAGAAAUGUGUGGGAUAAAAGGCCGAGAAGCCGUGGAGGCUGCCAGACGCGACUCGACACUCCAGCUGAUCCAGAAAACAGCAAGUCUGCUUCGUCAUCCACCCCAGUCGUGGUUGUCAUGUUCGCCGCCAAGAUGCUCGGUGUGCUGCUGGCGCUGUGCACCGUUCUGUCUCUGAGCCGAGGGGGUCCGCUCAACAUAACCGGCGCAUACAAAGGGCCCUGCGAACUCAAGAGGAUGUACUGUGCGUACUAUCCUGACGAGUACUGCCCAGAGUGCGACGACUACGGCUACUUCGUCCCGUGGCAGUGCUCAUACGGGUACUGCUAUUGCGUCAACGUCAAGACCGGGGAAGAGAUACCGUACACAAAGAGGCCGGCGGGCUCUGACCCUCUCAACUGUGAACACGGUCAUUACUGCCCGGAGGGCUGGACUUACUAUGAAGGACAGUGCUACAAGUUCAUCGGCUCCGAGAAGACAUGGAUCGAAGCUGAGUUUUACUGUAUGUUUGAAGGGGGCAACCUGGCGUCAAUCCACAGUGACGAGCAGAGUUACUUCAUCAAGGGCCUGACCAAAGGAGACGGCCAUGACUUCCCACACACCUGGAUUGGUGGCUAUGAUUACUUAUAUCCGGGUUAUUGGCUGUGGCGUGACGGCUCUAAGUUCCACUACGACAACUGGUACCACGAUUACCACGGCGCCCACAACAGCUACCACUGCCUGAAGAUGAACUAUGAGCUCAAGUUGGAGUGGUACCCUGAAAACUGCAGCAGCACUCUGGCUUUUGUUUGCUGCAAGAAGAUGUGAAACCAGACUGAUGAUGUGAGGACCUAACCACAAGGUGGAGCCGUGUGUCAAAGUACCGACCGCCCAACACAAAGGCUUCCUUUCUUCCUUAGCUUUUAGGGGUUCACUUCAAAGUUCGGGUUAGGGUUUGAUUCUGGCCAAUCCACCUGCCGAGAUCUCUCCAUGUGAACUCACUGUAGGCAUCUUUUUCCAAUGAUCAGCUUUUCAUUUUUUGUAUUGAAAAAGUACAAUCAAGCAUGCUGCAAGAAGUGUAAUUAUAAUACCAGUAAAACCAAGCAAUAAAAAAAUACAGCAA